GUGGGUUUUUCUCCUCUUUUUACUCUUUUGGGGAAGGAGGGGGGACAAAGCAUUUCCUUUUUCCAUUUACAUCACACUCUGGAGCAAAAAAAACAAACAAAAAAAAAAACAACAACCUAAGGCUGCCGUACAAAUGAGUGCGGAUUAAAGUGAACAGACCUGGAAGAGGAUGCUACAGAAACCGCUUCCAUAUCAGCGAAGACUGGACCCUGGACGGAAACAAGAGGACAGAGUUCAUUUUGGAUCUAGCAGCCAAAGUUUUUUUUUUUUGUUUUUUUUUUGACGUAAUUCUUCCCCGGACACCAGGAAUAGGCUGGAGUGUCAUCAUGGAAGUAUUUCUUAAAGAAAAAUAAGAGAUACCCUCAACUUGGACUUGGACUAAUUUGAGACAGUUUGGGAAAAACAUUGCAAGCAAGUUGUGUGCAGUAGUUCACGGGUUUCCAGAUGUCUCUGCAGCGGCUGGCUAAUGAAACACACUCACACCCCAAAGACAAAAGUAGCACAUCUCUUCAUAUCUUGCAACUCUGUGGAUUUUAGGCUUCAUCAACGUCGACUGUAAUGAAUAUAUGACCAAUUUGGGAUUUUCCAGCCAACACUCCCAUUAGAAUAACGGAGUUUUAAACUCUGCAUGCUGGAUGUAACGACUCGUCGACGUUUUUGGAUAUGGACGGACACCGAUGAGACAAAAUAAAGGAGCCGUUUUAAUGAAUAAAGAGUCAGACGUUAUCAUGAAAAUGUAAUUUCGGUGAAGUCCUCGGAAACUCGUAAGGGAAGCCCAAUGAGUGGCACACAGUCAACACUCACUGACAGUUCACAGAUGACGUUUAAAACAUCAUCAUUGAGCCAGAAAGGAAAUUUGGAAUUGUUGGAAAGCUGUAUCAAAAUUAGGACCCCAAGCAUUCUCAACAAGGACCCCACAGACAAGAAACCUAAGAAUGAGAAAUCCUCUGUCUCCCUCAAGCAUGAGUUUGACCCUACAGGUCUUGUCCAGCGGUGUGUGAUAAUCCAGAGAGAUGAAAACGGCUUUGGGCUGACUGUAAGUGGAGACAACCCUGUGUUUGUGCAGCUGGUGAAAGAAGAUGGAGCUGCAAUGCGAGCUGGUGUUCAGACAGGAGAUAGGAUCAUUAAGGUUAAUGGGACCUUAGUUACACAUUCAAACCACAUAGAAGUUGUAAAGCUGAUAAAAUCGGGUUCCUAUGUAGCCCUGACAGUGCUGGGGAGGCCUCCGGGGCUUCCUCAGAUCUCCCUGGAGGAGGGAGAGGAGGAAGAGAAGGAGGAAAGGGCAGAGGUCAGCCCACCCUCCUCCCUCUCAGCGCCCCACUCACCUGCACUGCCAGGUGGCGAGCAAUGCAGCCCCGUGACCAGCAGCACGUCCUGCCGUCCCCAGGAGCACAUCACCUCCUCUCCGCCUGAUGGGGAUGAGAACAAAACCAUGCACAGCCAGAAGGCCAACAUGCUGCAAAAGAUGCUAACGAAGGAGCAGCAGGACCUACAGGCAAAGGAGGAGGAGUACAGCAGAAACCCCCGGCCUAAACUACUGAAGGAGAUCCAGGAGGCUAAGAAGCACAUUUCACUGCUGCAGGAGCAGCUCAGCAAAGCCGCAUUACAGGAUGGAGCCACUGUGUCUAGGGAUGGUGAGGCUGAGGAGGGGGACGGUGGACCUCCUCUGAAGGAGCAGACCCCGUCCUUGCGGGGUGACAGUGGUAACGACGGGCCCACGACCAACAGUAACUCUAUUCAGAUCAGCCCCCUCCCAGAGAACCCCGGCAAAAGUGAGACACCCUGUCAGAGCCCGGACGUCAGCCGCCGAGACGGCCUCAACUUCUGCCUAUCGCCCGACACUGAGGACACCCCUGACACAGACUCCAGUGCUCAGUGCGUUAUGGGUAGCCCUCCCUACCUCCUCAACCCCCAGAUCAUCGGAGCAGAAGAUGACUACUUUGACUCUCAGCAAGAGCAGAUUAAUGGGCAGUGUAGCUGUUUCCAGAGUGUAGACUUGCUGAAGUCUCGGCCGGCUCACCUCGCAGUCUUCCUCCAUCAUGUUGUCUCGCAGUUUGACCCUGCGCCUUUGCUCUGUUAUCUCUACGCUGACAUGCACAAGCAAACCAGCUCCAAAGAAAGCCGACGCUUCUUCCUGGAAUUCCACUCACUCUUUAUGGAUCGAACAGCAAAUCUUAAAGUACCAGUGCCAGAGGCAGUUGCAGCUGAAUUGGAGAAGCGGAGGCUGGAGUUAAUCCCAGAGGAGCUCUGCAAACAGUACACCCAGGUGUUACAGGACACACUCCUACCAGACCUGCACAAGAACCUGGAAGAUUUCAGACAGAAGCGCAGCAUGGGUCUGACUCUGGCCGAAGACGAGCUGUCUAAGUUGGACUCAGAGCAAGGAAAAGACCAACAGGCCUUGGAGAAGGAAUGCUCCUGUGCUGAACACAUCCUCUCCAAGAUAGAUGAUAUCCUGUUGACGUCACAGCCCACAGAAGAGGAGAAGUGCCAAACAAUGCAGUAUGUGAUUCUCACCUAUAUGAAGCACCUUGGGGUGAAAGCGAAUGAGCCUCGUGGCCUCGAACAUAAACGAGCGCGCAUCAAUUUCCUGCCCAAGAUUAAGAAGAGUAUCAAGCCUGAGAAGGAGGGUGAGGAGAAGGUGAAAAAGCCUCGGUUUCCCAACAUCCUUGGCCCGCCUCGGCGUCUGAGCAGAGUGGAUUCCACUUCAGUCGGUAAGGCUGUGGAGCUGAACAAGCAGCGAUCGCCAAAGCAGCUCUCUCAGCCAGCCUUCGGCAUCCCUAAGCAGUCUGACUUGAAUUCUGGACGGAUCCGUGGAAAUCAGCUCAGUGAGGGAUCGGACACCAGCACCCAAUUUUUGCCUUCCACCACCUCCUCUAUACACAGCUCGCCCACUGGUCAGGCCUCAGAUACCAGUGGGCAAGACUCAGACUCCAAUGUGUCUCCAUUCUGCAUCCAUCCCAGACUGGGAGAGGGUCUGCAGUCUAGUGACCACCAGGACGGCGUCUCCAGUCCGACCAGCACUCAGUUUGACUUCAGCCCCUCCAACCUGGAGCAGUUACAGGAGCAAGACCAGGAAACUUUCAGUAGGAUGGAGGUGCAGUGUGCCGUGAGUUCAGCUGACAUCCAGAGUGAAGACGACCAGGGAGGUGAGAUGGAGUGUGAAGAGGACCCUCUGAACUGGCAGAGUCUGGUCAGCCGAGGCGUCCUGGCAAGCUUAACGCCACAGGAGAUUAAACGGCAGGAAGUCAUCAAUGAGCUGUUCUACACUGAGCGUUCCCACUUGCGGAUGCUGAAGGUGUUGGACUGUGUUUUCUACCAGAGGUUGAACAGAGACGGUAUCCUCCCCCAAGAAGACAUCAAACACAUCUUUAUUAACCUGGAAGAAAUCAUUCAGCUGCAUGUUUCUGUGACAGAGCAAAUGACAGCAAUCAGGAAGAGGAGUGAGACAUCGGUGAUCGGUCAGAUCGCAGAUGAUCUCCUGGCGUGGUUCAGCGGGGAGGAAGAGGAGAAGAUAAAAAGAGCAGUGGGAACUUUCUGUAGUAACCAGCCGUCUGCACUGGAGCUCAUCAAGAGCAGGCAGAAGAAAGACCAGAGGUUCACGUUAUUCAUGCAGGAAGCUGAGAGCAACCGUCUGUGUCGCAGGCUGCAGCUUAAGGACUUCAUUCCUGUAGAGAUGCAGAGAGUGACCAAGUACCCACUUCUACUGGACAAAAUUGCCAAGUACACAGAAGAUGGUGAGGAGAGGGACAAAGUAAAGAAAGCUGGUGAAUGCUGCAAAAAGAUCCUCAACCACGUCAACCAGGCCGUCAAAGAAGCUGAGAACAAACAGAGGCUAGAGGAGUAUCAGAGAAGGUUGGACCUCUCGUCACUCAAACAGAGUGAAAACCCCAUGAUCCAGGAGCUGAAGAAUCUGGACCUGACCAAGCGGAAGAUGGUGCAUGAGGGACCUCUCUCCUGGAAAGUCAAUAAAGACAAGGCAAUUGAGCUGUACACGAUUCUCCUGGAGGACAUUCUGGUUUUACUGCAGAAACAGGACGAGCGUCUGGUCCUCAAACUCCACGGCAAGAAUCUGGCCAGUGCCGCCGACACCAAACACAUCUUCAGCCCCAUCAUCAAACUUAACACUGUCUUGGUUCGUCCAGUAGCAACUGACAACAAGUCUUUCUUCGUGCUGUCCAUGUCGGAAAACGGGGCUCAGAUCUAUGAGCUGAUGGCUCAGACGGUGUCUGAUCAGAGAACGUGGCAGUGUUUGAUCACGCAAUGUGCUGACGCCAUGAAGGCCAAACCUCACAACAGAGACACACCUCCAGCUCAGUCUGAUGCUGAGCGGGACGCUAUAGAGAUCAUCAAAUGUGAGAUGCCCAAGGCGAGCAAAGAUCCUAACGGCACAUCAAGUGGAAGCAUCCUUUCUUCAGAUAAAGAUGCCGCCUCUUCUCCAGACAUUCAAGCUCCACCGAGUAUGAACCCGUUUGAUGGCGUGAAAUCAGAAGACGAGGAAGAGGAGCUGGCCGUGGCAGAUAGACAGGAGGAAGAGGAGGAUGAUGAAGAGGUGGAUGAAGCAGAACUAGAGGCUUUCUUGGACGGGCAGCUGGCAGACAGACUCCCUUUCCUGCAGGAAGGGUCACGUCAGGGCAUCGCCAUUGAAAACCAAGAGCACAACGCAUUCGACAUUCCCUCCUCCAAAGGUGAAGAGGCUCUCAGGACAUUGGCGAUGCUGAAGCAGGCUCUUUUCAACCACAUGAUAAGCAGAGAGGCAGAGGAAGAGAAAGAGGACACAGAGGAGAGCAAGCAGAGUGGGGCCCCUGGGUGUCAGCUGAGUGCCUCUUUGCCUGGGAGCCCUAAGGGGCCCUGUGAUGAGAGCCGAGCAUCUGCAAGCUCACAGAAAGACAACCCUCAGCUCCCCUCAGGACACUCAGGACUGUCUGAGACAGCUGAACGCAAUGGUGGUUUUGUGGUUCUGGAUUUUGGUGGGGGCUCAGAGGAGAGCAGCACUGAUGAUGAUGGGGGAUUAGGAUGUGACGUGGGGAUCGACAUGAGGAAACUGCUGUCCUCCUCCUCGCAGACAGGGGGCGGCGGACCCAACCUCAGCAGGCAGCUCAUGACCCACCUGCGCCUCCUACAGGCCGACCUGCAGUAUCUGAAGGAGGUGGAGAUGAAGUACAACGAGCUGCGACAAACACACAGUGACCCGGCUACUGACUCAGAUGACAACAAUGAUGGGAUUCAGUGAUGAAAGACUUCCUGCUCUCUCGGCAGUUUUCACAGUUUCACAUUCUCCCAAGUUUCAUGUUACUCCAUGAUUACUUUCUUCUGGAUGAAUCCUCGACCAUUUAACACUGAUGUUGCCCAAUAAUGGAAGCGUAAUGUCUUAUCUCCCACUUCAGGCAUGUAUCAGUGGAAGAUGUUAUCAUCAUUAUUAGGAAUGUUCUACUAUAAACUCAAAAUCCUUCUGAGGAGAGACACUGUGGAAUUACCCGAGAACAAUUCAGUCGCUUUUUGCUAUAAUAAUAAUAAUCAGCUGCAUAAAUUAUCUUGAACACUGGAGAUAUGAAGUGGAAAAGGGCAAAGUCAAGUUUGUGAAGUCACACAGAUGUACAGCAGAGACGCAUUAAGAGAUGAAAAGAGACAUGAAGACUGUGACAGUGACCAGAAUGAUUCCCUGACGAUCAAGAAGGUAGAUUGUCUUGUUCAGGACUCACUGCUGUAAACUUGAUAUAAAAGUCUGCAAUAAGAAAUAAGAGAUAACCUCUACUGUGCAUAUUCAGACUGGCAGGCCACAUAGUUGAACAUGCUUAAAGAUAGAAUUUCUUAUUUUGUAACAGCACUGAAAAGCAACCCUUAAAAAAUUGUACAAGAGGCUGUAACAUCCACUCCUACCAUCCUCAAAUGUUUUCAAAAGUAUUUUCAUGUUUUAUGUUGUAUGUCUUUAGCCUAGCUUAGCAAUGAACUGGAAUUUAGUAGGAACAGCCAGCCUGUGGUUUCAAAAAAAAAAAAAACCUACCAGAACCUCUAAAGUUCACUAGUUAACACGUUGUAUCUUGUUUGUUUCCAUAUACCAUAUCCAAAAAUGGACAUAGUGUCCGCGACGCCACCCAUAGGUUUCUGAAGAGCCAUUGUCAAGCUGGUUUUGAAGUGACCGGCUCCGGUGGCUCCGACCUUCGCCAUCUUGGCAGUCCCCGACUCCAGCUAAUCUUAAAAUGGGCAGGUGGAGCCGAAUGAAGCCUGGUUGAUGAAACCACCUAGCGGUAAGCCACCUAAGAGGGCACCCACCUGUCACUCAAAGCGUCCACGUCCUUAAUUAGGCAUAACUUUAAGCCUUAAUAUAAUUUAAACAGGUGAGUUAUAUAAAAAUUUACCCCCUGUACAGUUGUCGUGAAGAGAAACCUAUUUCUGCUGUAAAGUUGGGCAUUUUAACAUGGGGCUCUGUGGGGAUUAACGCUCUUGGAGCCAGCCUCAAGUGGCCAUUCGAAGAUCUGCAGUUUUUGGCACUUCCGCGUUGGCUUCAUUUUUCACCCUCGGAUGCUGCUGCUUGGUUUUAGGGGGUUUACUUGCUGCAACCCGGGCGCAGUGACUGUGUACAGCUUUCAAGAGUCUUGUUGUCACAGUUCCAUUUCGAAUCAUUGUUAAUUAGCGAGCUUUAGAGGUGUUUGUAGGUGUAUUUUUGAUCUUUUGAACAGAGCCAGGCUAGCUGUUUCCAACCUACUUCCAGUCUUUGUGCUAAGCUAGGCUAAUCAUGUCCUAAAUCCAGCCCUGUACUUAACGCACAGUCAUGAGAGUGAUAUCGAUCUUCUCGUCUCACUCGGAAAGAAUAAUACCAUUUUAAAAUAGAGGCUCAUUUCUUGUCUGGGUUGAUAGGCUGAACAUGAUUUAUUUGGGGACUGGCCACAAAUAUCUAAUGAAGAAUUGUCCUAAUUGCAAAGCUAAAUCCUUUGACAGUUCUAGUACUGUUUGUUAACUGGUUGUCUUCUUGGUUUGAAUGUCUGAGCAAAUAGCAUAAAAAUUAAAUGUUGUUUAGCAGCUGACUUUAAAGUUCCAGGUUUUAAAAUGUCAAACAUAGAUUCAGAUCACUGCCAAAAUCCAAUCAACUCUGUCUACAGUUCACCAACUUUCAGCCAAAUUCAUAAUGUUUUGCCAACAAAUUAACAAACAGUACAGAAGGAUGAACUGACAGAUGGAGGUAAGAAACAGAACCUCCAUGACAUGUUUACGUUUUAAAUAUCGACAUUGUUCAAAUUGAGUUGGGCACCUUGCAGCAAGGAAACCGAUUUGGCAAAUACGGAGGUUUGUCUUUAUUUCCUAUUUGUUUUACCAAGAUCCGUUAUCGCCAGUGCUUACUGAUGAAUGCACAUAGAAAUACUGUGCAAUCUUAAAAAAACAAACUGAUUUUCAUAAAGCCCUCUGUCCACCUGGUAGGUAGAACGGCAAAAACCUGCAGCUAUAAAAAGAAUUAUUCACGUUGUGUGUAACUGCUGGUGUUUUUCCGAUGCUGAAUGCAUCUAAGAGCACAAUACACCAUAUAUAUCGACACUACAAGCUUUUCAGAAUGUGUGCACAAGUGAAUUUAUUGAAAUGAACUUUAUUGUGGAAUUUAUUUUCCAUUUUGUAUUCCAGACCUGAUUUCUUACUUCCGCUGGCCUCCGUGAUGAUUGACUAACCUGAGUGCAGUUUUUCACUCAUCAUACACUAAAAACUAGUUCAGGCUUUAUUCCCCUGAAAUAUUUUGAGGAGAUUUUCUCCAGGAUCAUUUCAGUUUCUGCAACAGGCUACUCCUAAAAGCUAUCGUCAGCUUGAAACACCAGCCUGUUAUACGUGUCAUCUCUCCAGCUCUUCGCCAUAUGCAUCCCUUUAGGCACAAGCUACAAAGAUUCACUCAUCAAACCUCUGCACUUUGGACUGAAAAGACCCAAAUAUUCACUGGCCACAAGACUGCACAGAUGACAUUAUGGCUUCAGUUUUUGGAUGAAAUAUAUGAAAAAUUAUGGAAAAAAACAAAGCAAAACUGAAAAGAAUAUAUAGACAAAAAGGAUUGUUAUGGACGGUUUUCAAUGUAAAGGAAUAUAAUGUACAAUUAUGACUGUAUAUCAAAGGUUUUGUGUGUGUUUUUUUUUUUUACACCAUGCAAUCAUGUAAUGUUUUAACACAAACUACUAAAAAGAGGGUAAAGUAUACUUGCAGCAUUAAUCUGUUUUAUAAAUGUUCUAUUCAAAUUGUUCUAUUUUAUUACUUUGUUAUUAACCUUGACAUUUGUUGAGAACGCAAAUUGCUCCUUUUAGCGAGGAGCUUUUAAGCUGAUCUGUUGUUAAAAAUUAAGGGAAAGACUGAAAAAAGUGUCUUUUUAAUUUAGUUGGUCUUGGGUGGGGAGUGGGGUUUGUUGAUGGCCUCUUGUUAACCUGUCUGUGGGCUCCACCUCUAGCUGGGACACGUCCACGAGUAGCAUUAAAGGAACAAUCCACUCUGAAAUUAACAGUAAACAUCAGUUCCUUUGUAAGGUAUCUGCAGGUCUUGAAUUCAGUUGCCUCAAAAAAGGCAUUAAAAUGUAUUAAAAAGUCUUAAAAUUCA